AUGUAAUAAGACUAACAAAAUCAAAAGAAAUGUAAUUUACAAUUGAUUCCUUAAAAUUCAAUUAGAAUUAAAAAAUAUUGUAAAGGAAUGGCUAUUAAUAAAGAAAAUUCUCUUUUAUUAAUAGAUUCACUCUAUUUUAUUGCUGUUUAUGCAUUUAAAAAUGGAAGCAUAAAUAAAUUAUAGUUACUUCAAUCUCGUUCUUCAGCACAUGCAACAUCAACAUUCUUAAAUAAGAAAUCCUACUUUAUUUCUAGUUCAUAGAAUUCAUUAAUUUUAUGGUCAACAACUCUUUUAGGAAGCUAUAAAUAUAUUAAAAAAUUGGAAGAACAUUAAAACACAAUUUUCUGCAUAGCUCUUCAUCCUAUUAAUGAGAAUCUAAUAUUUUCAAGCAGUUAGGACGGUGACAUUAAAAUUUGGUCAAUUUCAUCCAAAAAAAACCCAUGUAAAUAAACAAUAUCUGCCACAAUAGGAAAGAUUAUUUAACUAUUAAUAAACUAAGAAGGAGAUAAACUUAUAGUUUUAGGGGAUAAUAAAAAGAUAUUAAUACUGUAAUAAAAUGGUACUUAAUGGGAUAAUAAAUAUCAAGUUGAAUAUAAUUAGGAAAUAAAUAAAAUUUGCUUCAUGAAUAAUAAUAGUUUUUGUUUUUCUUCAAAAUAAAUGGUUUUAUUUUCUCAUUUAGCCUAAAAUCUAUAAAUAUCUUACAUAUAAGAAGAAACAAUCAAUUUUUAUUUUUCAGAAAAUCUACUAAUCAAUGAAUGCAUACAUUUUUUCAAAUCAGACACUUUUCCAUUUUUUUAUGAUUAAAACAAGUAGGUUCUCUUGAUAGUUGGUGUUUGUAAUCUUUAUAUAAUCAAAUAUCAAAAUAUUGAAUCAGGAAAAUUAAUUAUAGAUUAAGUGAUAAAAUAUAGAGAUGUACAAUAAAGUUCAAGUUUUAUUAUAGCAUUUAUGAGUAAAGAUGGAAAAUAUUUAAUGAUUUCUGACUUAAAAUCAUUUUAAAUUGAUAUUUUUGAGUUAUAAGAUCUUUAUUGA